CUCUCUUCAAAUCAUUACAACAGAGCUUAUGUAUUAGAGUUUCCUCAAAUUUCCUAAUCUUAACAGGAAGAGAUAAUCAUGUGAUGUCCUGUUUCAAACUCCCGGUGUCUCUGUGUCGAACUUUGGAUAAACAUGUGGCCAGAUUUUGGUGGGGUGUAACGGAAGAUCACUUUAAAAUUCGAUGGGUGUCCUGGCGGAAGAUGUGCAGAAGUAAACAUGAGGGUGGUAUGGGAUUUCGCAGGUUUGAGCAAUUUAAUCAGGCUCUGCUAGCCAAAAUUGGUUGGCAAAUCUUGAAUGAUCCACAGUCUCUGCUGGCUCAGGUCUAUAAGGGGAAAUACUUUCCGACUGGGUCUUUUCUUACGGCAACGGCUCGCUCCCGCCCUUCUUGGGGCUGGCAGAGCAUCCUCUUCGGCCGCCAGUUGCUAGAGCAGGGACUGCGGUGGCAGAUUGGGAAUGGUCGGUCGGCCCCCAUGCUCAACUCCAAUUGGAUACCUCAACAUCAGUUUGAUCACGUCCAGAUCAAUCCGGUGGUGUUGCCGGAGGAUGGGGAUAUGAAGGUGGCGGAACUUAUCGUGCCUGGGGAGGGCCGCUGGUGUGAGAAUAAGCUUAGUCGCUGGUUUGAUCCCCCUACAUGUAAAGCCAUCAAAGCUAUUCCCCUUCCUCAGAGGAAUAUUGAAGAUAGGCUUAUUUGGCACGCGACUGAGGAUGGGGUUUUCACUGUCAAAUCAGCUUAUCACUUUGCUGUCUUGAUAGACAAGAGGAGGGGUGGGUGGCAGUCUACUGUCAGUUGGAUGGAUAAGGCAAGCUGGAUACGUCUAUGGGAGGCGGAUAUCCCUCCAAAGCUGAAGGUAUUUGUCUGGCAGAUCCUCUCUCGUGUCCUCCCUACGACGGAGGCUCUCAUCGAGCGAAAGGUUCAGGUUCGUCCUCGUUGCCCGGUGUGCUGGGCGAGGUCUGAAACGCUUGAACACCUCUUUCUCUACUGUCCGGUCGCGCGGGCCCUCUGGGAUCACGCGGGAUUGGAUUACCUGGGUGAGGGGUUGCCACGUCAGACUUUUCCUCUGUUUCUUAAGAAGCUCAUGGCGCUGAUAAAUCAACCAACGGUGUUCAUGGCUGUGGUAGCCAUCCUUUGGAGGAUCUGGCGGUCACGAAACUGGGUUGUGUUUGAAGGCAAACAGUUCGAUAUUCCGGUACUGAUGCGCCAAUUUGUCCAGCAGUAUGAGGAAUGGGUGCGUUUGCCUAGAGACCGCGUCUGUCGACCACCCCAGCCUGAUCAGGGCCAGCUAAUCUCAGAUGGCCCUCCUCGGAUGGUCUGUAGGUGGGAUGGUGCAACAAGGCGUGGAUCUCAUUCGGCGGGAGGUGUUGUUCUGUUUUCUCAGACUGGGGAGGUAGGCAUGGUCAGGGGAAUUCAGUUACCGGGAAUUGAUAGCCCCCAGUUGGUGGAAUUACUUGCGCUCAGGGAAGCUGUGAUCUGGUGUUCAGGGUUAGGGUUCACGGACAUGGUGUUUGAAGGGGACGCUAAAGUUAUUAUCGAGAAGAUCAAUAGAGGUGAUCAUAGUGAUAGCCGGAUGGGUGCUGUGCUGGAAGAGCUCGUGCAAUAUUUUCACAUCCAUCCUGGAUUUAGUAUUCGAUUCAUAGGUCGGUGUAAUAAUAGGGCGGCCCAUUUGGUGGCUAGGAAAGCCCUUUCUUUGUACCCUACCAUGAGUCGUUUCUUUGACUUUCAGACCUGGCUGAUCUCCAGGGUGUAACUGUCGUUUCCGAAUCUAUAUAUGAUUAUCUUUUGUAAAAAAAAAAAAAAAAAAAAACAGGAAGAGAUAAUCUAUAAUGAUGCAGACUAACACGCCUCAACAGAUUUUUGGGAGGAGUCGUGAAUCCCAUUUGUGACUGUAGUUUUAUUAUUAUGUGGGUUUGACACUUUUUAAAUAAUUUUGUCGGUACGAUCUGGUCAGCCUCUCAAAGCAUAUAAAUAGAAGAAAUGAAUUAGGUGAUAUACAUAUAUAUAUAUAUAUAAAAAUUAAGGAGAUUAAAUCUGAAAGGUCGCUAUCGUUACAGCUUUAAAUAAUAAAUACAAAAUUUUCUUCUCGCCUCUGAGGUUAGUGACUUGGCACUUAAUAAACGAAUGGACUGAAAUCAUCAUUAACAAAAAAAAAAGUAAAAUAAUAAUAAUUAGGAUUUUCACAACACAACACGGCAGGAUCGUGACAAUUGCCGUAUAGGAUCAACGCAUAUGUAAAAGGAGGUUGGGAAAUUUAAUUAGCAGUGUCCCGCCACUCUCCCGCUAAUCUACCGCCACGUACUCACUCUCCCCAAAUUUCCUUUUCUUUUUUUUCAAGGUUCCCUUUGCCUUUCCCCAUUCCUCUCAUUGUGGAGCCCUCUAAACUCGUUUUUUAUGAAAACUAAAGAAUAUAAUAAAACCGUCCAUUUUCUAGAAUAGUUAGACCAACUCCAAUCGAUAGGCUAACCCAACUCCAAUUUAAUGGGACAAAUAUUUAGACAUCUUGGAAGUUAGAAGUCUAUUUUUUAACUCUCCAACCAGUUUGUCAUGCUGGCAUCUUCUCUACGGGUUGCAAUUUUUGAUGUGACCGGCUCGGUACCGAUUAUCAAACUGACUGGAAAUCGGAAAAAUUGACUGGUCAGACUAGAAAUCGAAUUUUAGUACUCUUACAUAUGUCCUCCAACUUAUAAUGGGAUUUGAAGCGAAUACCUUAUGUUCACUAGUUUCAAUUAUACACCAAUAGGCUACAAUGAACUUUAUGAUACGUGUUAACCUUAUAUAUGCUAUAAUUAAUACUAUGUUUUAUGUAAACACUAAUUCAAUUUUAUAUUAUAUACAUUUAUUAUAGUUAUUUACCAUUAGUUACCAAUUCUUAAUUAUAAAUUAUUGUAUGUGAAUUAACUCUUUUAUUUGAUUCUUCCUAACUAAAUUUAUUUGGUGUUGAUGAUUUUUAAUUUUUCUCGUGUAUUCUAUAAAAACCGUCAUAACCGGCUUAAAUAGGUUGUACUAUCGAUAAUGCCAUUCGACUUGACAAACUGACAUAAUGGUAUCAACCGGCUUGACAACCGUGCUCUCCCAGUAAGCGUUUUACUUUAACCAUAGCUUCUUGAAUUUAGUUUUUUUUAGUUUAUCUCUUUAACAUAAAUUGGACUUAUAUGCAUACUAAUUUAUAUUUUCAUUUAUACUAUUUUUCAUAAACUUUUAAUCACCUAACUGGAAUAUUGGGUGCAAUUUUUGGCUCUGAGUAAUUGGUUUGUUACCUCGCAAGAAUACGAUUUUGGUAGCAUAAAUCGAUGUAUUGUUGCAAUCUAUAAAGAAAUGCAUAACUAUGGCAUUACCAGUCUCUCGCUGUCUGUCUUCCUUCAAAAACCACGAAAAUGUAGAGCGGGUAACCCAAUCCGCACCAAUUUCCAUGGGAUGGGAUUAGGUGCUAACCUUUAUAGGGGUUAGCACCGUGAUAACUAGCAAAAAAAUGCUACUAAAAAUAACGAAAUCACUACGGAUUAUUAUAAAAUUAAUACAACAUCUAAGCUAAAUCACUACUAAUUCAAACUAAUACAACAUCUAAGCUAAAUGCAAUUUUUGGCUCUGAGUAAUUGGUUUGUUACCUCGCAAGAAUACGAUUUUGGUAGCAUAAAUCGAUGUAUUGUUGCAAUCUAUAAAGAAAUGCAUAACUAUGGC